CCGCCCCCUGACGUCAGCCCGGCGCAGGGGACGCGGCUCGGGCGGAGGAGACCCGCGGCUGCCGGCGGCCGGGGGAGCGCUGCCGCGGGGCCGCCGCCCGCAGCCCGGCACCAUGUCCGCCAAGGAGCGGCCGAAGGGCAAGGUGACCAAGGACAGCGUCACCCUGCUGCCCUGCUUCUACUUCGUGGAGUUGCCAAUAUUGGCAUCUUCUGUUGUUAGCCUUUAUUUUCUUGAACUUACUGAUGUCUUCAAGCCAGUUCACUCGGGAUUUAAUUGCUAUGACAAGAGUCUGAGUAUGCCAUACAUUGAACCUACACAAGAGGCUGUUCCCUUUUUGAUGUUGCUUAGUCUGGUUUUUGCUGGACCAUCAAUUACGAUAAUGGUAGGAGAAGGAAUUCUCUACUGUUGCCUGUCCAAAAGAAGAAAUGGGAUUGGAACGGAGGCCAACAUUAAUGCAGGAGGAUGCAACUUCAAUUCCUUUCUUAGAAGAGCUGUGAGAUUUGUUGGUGUUCAUGUGUUUGGCCUUUGUUCCACUGCUCUUGUUACUGAUAUUAUACAGCUAUCAACAGGAUAUCAGGCACCAUAUUUCCUGACUGUUUGCAAGCCUAACUACACAUCCCUAAAUGUUUCCUGCUCAGAGAAUUCAUAUGUUGUGGAAGAUAUUUGCUCAGGAGCUGAUACUAAUAUUAUCAAUGCCGGAAGAAAGUCAUUCCCAUCUCAACAUGCCACCUUGGCAGCUUUUGCAGCAGUGUAUAUUUCGAUGUACUUCAAUUCUACGUUAACAGAUUCCUCAAAACUUCUGAAACCACUCUUGGUCUUUGCUUUUAUCAUCUGUGGAAUUAUAUGUGGUCUGACUCGUAUCACCCAGUAUAAGAAUCAUCCAGUUGAUGUUUAUUGUGGCUUUCUCAUAGGAGGAGGAAUUGCUCUCUAUUUGGGCCUGUAUGCGGUGGGAAACUUCUUGCCAAGUGACGAGAAUGUGUAUCACCAGAAUUUUCACAGAGAACCCCUGAGGUCUUUGACAGACCUCAGUCAAGAUGCCAACAGAAUCCUGCCAGGUAAAAAUGGAAGCAGCACUGAUGGCAUUGCCUCUCACCGUUCGGAAAGUAUCCUGAACAGAAACCACAGAGAUACUGGGUCUCUGACUAACAUCAAGAGAGCAAAUGCUGAUGUAGAAAUCAUAACACCACGAAGCCCAAUGGGAAAGGAAAACAUGGUUACUUUCAGUAACACUUUGCCAAGAGUCAACACGCCAUCCUUGGAAGAUCCAGCAAGACGAAAUGCAACAAUUCAUGCAUCAAUGGAUUCUGCCCGCUCCAAACAGCUGCUUUCCCAGUGGAAGAAUAAGAAUGAAAGCCGAAAGUUGUCACUGCAAGUAAUAGAGACUGAAUCUGGCCAGUCACCACCAAGAUCUAUUGAAAUGAGGUCAAGCUCAGAGCCUUCCAGAGUGGGUGUAAAUGGUGAUCAUCAUGGCCCAAGUAGCCAAUACCUGAAAAUUCAACCUGGCAGUGUACCAGGUUGUAACAACUCAGGUCUUUCUGGUGGGCCAAGGGUCUCUAUUCAGUCACGUCCUGGCUCUUCCCAGUUAGUGCAUAUUCCUGAAGAGACUCAGGAAAACGUGAACACAUCUCCUAAAACUAGUUCAGCUAGAGCUAAGUGGCUGAAAGCUGCUGAGAAGAGUGUUGCAUGUAGAAGCAACAGCCAGCCAAGAAUCAUGCAAGUAAUAGCCAUGUCUAAGCAGCAAGGAGUGCUUCAAGGCAGUCCAAAGGGUUCAGAGGGAAGCACAGUCACUUGUACAGGAGCCAUCAGAUACAAAACCUUGACAGACCACGAGCCAAGCAGCAUUGUCAGAGUCGAGGCCCAUCCAGAAAAUAACAGACCUGUAAUUCAGAUGCCAUCAGAAGGUGAAGGAAGUGGGUCAUGGAAAUGGAAAGGUCCUGAAAAAGUCACCCUUCGUCAGACAUACGAGCUAAAUGAUCUCAACAGAGACUCUGAGAGCUGUGACUCCUUAAAAGACAGUUAUGGGUCAGGUGACAGGAAAAGGAGCAACAUAGAUAACACUGAGCAUCACCAUCAUGGAAUCACUACAAUAAGAGUCACACCUGUGGAGGGAAGUGAGAUUGGCUCAGAGACCCUGUCCAUUUCUUCUAGCCGGGACUCAACACUUAGAAGAAAAGGUAACAUAAUUUUAAUCCCUGAACGAGGGAGCAGUCCAGAGAACACCAGAAACAUCUUCUAUAAAGGCACAUCCCCCACACGAGCAUACAAAGAAUGAGAGGAGACAUAUCAGCUGGUCCAUACCACCACAAAGGAAACACAUCCUCACACAGGUUCUGUUCUGUUUAGAGUUGAUAUUUACCUUUGAUGUGCCAAAUUAUUGACCAGCAGCCCAACUGUCGUUGAACACUGCUGAUUUGCAAUGUGCAUGAGCCUGUGGAAAUCACGUGGUGGGGGGAAAAGCACAAUGCCAGAACCUAACUAAUGUGAAACAUUUUCAUGCAACUUGUUUCUUCAGACUCAAAACAUUUAUCUGAGGGUGAUGUCAAUCAAAAAAUAGUCUUGAACACAGACACUUUAUUUCCUGAAUGUGCCAACUUUUUAUUUUAUUUAUAUUUGUGUCCAAAAUCAACUGAAUUUUUCAUAGCAAAUGCUGUAUGUGUGGUAUAUAUUCACCUUUGCAGAAUUUGCACCACAUCUUUAAUACAGGAUGGUGCUGAUAACUUUACAUGUUUUGAAAAUUUGCAUACUUAUUAGACUCUACAAACACAUGGCAUAUUGAUGUGCAGUUACUUUAAAAUAAUAUUGCUAAUACUAUGAUGAUGCUGGCUGCAUUCAUUUAGCAUAAGAAAUAUUUACAGCUUUGUUAUAGUGGAUCUGUCACAUUCAAAGAUUGCAAAGAUUUUGUGUAGUUCUUUAAGAUGUCUACUGCAACAAAAAAAAUGUGUGGGUGACGUUCCAUUAGAAUGGAAUACCUAUCUAUUUUGAAUAGUUUUGCUGCUACUGCUCAACUUUUAUUUAAGAACAGGUGCUACUAAUGAAGACGCUGCUUCUUAGUGGGCUAACUUGUAGAACUGUUUAAAAUUAUGUUUUUAAGGGGUCUUUUAAAGUACUACAAGUAAUUCAGAUUUUGCAUUUUUAAAUCUCUCAUUCUGUCCUUCAGCAACCUUUCAAUUUUUCUGUUAGUUUUUGACUUUAUAAUGUGUGACACCAGUAACUGCAAAAUGUGCAGACAUGCAAGGUGAGCCAUGAGCAAAUAAAAAUAAACCACCAGUUUCCUGAUCAGCUUCAAGGGAGACAGUAAUUAAUAUCAUAGCUCACAAUUCGAAGCAGUCAUUCAGCACACUUGCUUAGCAUGCCACAAGAACAAUCACAAGUUUCACCCCACUCACCAUCAUUUUGGGGAUUUAAACUUUGCUUUAAAAAUGGAAUGCCUUGGUAUUGCAGAAUCACUACACGAGUGUUGCGUUGUGCCACCACUACCGUUCAGGUUCCAUGACACACCGUCCAGAGCCUUCUUAAGGAUUAUAUUUUUCCCCCUACCACUGCCACUUAGGAAUAUGGAGAGUCUCUGCACCUGAGAGAACACAGAUUAUUUUAGUAAAUUAAGCUUGGAUGUAAUGAAAGAAAACUUGCCUGCUAAAGACCUCCACUGACCAAAACUGUUGAACAGUUGAGCUCUGAAAUGAAUAUGCAUAGCACAUCCUGGGCAAGCUAGAAGAAAAGCAUCAUUCAGUUUGGCUCUGACCUAGAUAACAAACCAUGGAGGAAGCCACGGGCAAUGCUCAUCCAGUGCAGCUCCUCAUUCUCUCCUAGAUUUUCAACCUGAAGAACUAAUACCAAAUAUGUGCCUGCUCUACUUCCAGGAAGGGAAGAAAUGACUUUGUAGUCCCCUCACUGAAUAAGCCAUAGGUAACAGAUCAGUUCUAUUACCUGGCUUAUUUAGUAGAGUGUUUUGCUCUAAGACUUCUGAUUUGGGGUACCAGGCAACAAGAUAUAUACUACAUAGUCAGAACCUGUCUACAGACCUUAACCCACAGAUCUCUGAGGAAAAGCCCACCCUGCUUCAGCCAAGUAGGAGGUAGAAAGAAUAAUUGUCCCAUCCCAGGAGGAUAAAGAGCACAACACAAAUGCAGACCAAAAAAAAAAAAUCCCCAACCCAACACCAAGUCUGAGAAAUUGCAGUAGGAGGAUGGUAUUUGCUAAUCUGCAUAGAACAUAGAAAGGAUUCAUGGUCAAUAUAAAGCUUUAUAUACUUUCCCAUAUACCCCAGUCCCCAGUGCUCCAAGCUUAUCUGAGGGUUGUCAGCCAACCCUAUCUAGUAAUGCUUCCCCCACCUGCCAAUCACCUAGUGCUCUGAAAAAUAUUGUCCCUUAAGGAAAUGCCCGCCCUUUUUCUGCUAGUAAUAGACAAAGACCCCAGCAUGCAUGAGAUAAAUGGGUGGAAGUAUUCUGCAGGUUACACGUAAGGAGAUAGUACCCUGCAACCUCACUGGUUAUGUAUGUUGAAGGCACACUUUAAGGUACAGUAGCUGGGACCGAUAAUCACAGGUGCCGAGGAAACAAACAGAGUAAUUUUUUUAGAAAUGUGUUCUCAGACUCUAGUAUACAAAUCAGGAUUUGUUUUUGGUUUUGUUUUUUCUCUUUUUAAAACAAUGUCUCUUUAGACCUUGGUAUUUAAUACCAAAUUUUGUACAAGGUUCCUAGGAAUUACAAACACUUAGAGUGUAAUGAAAAACACACCUUUGGAGUUAGUUUAGUCUAGGUAGGUGAUAAAGAAGGUAAGAUUAGCUUUAAAAGGAAUGGGUAAGACACAAUCGUUGUUGGCCUAUCAAUGCAGGGAAAUAAAACGCAAUCAUUUGUUAGUUUGUAAGUGCAGGGCAAAGGAACAUAAGGAGAUGAACCUGGAAAUAACAGAAAAUUGAAAUGGAGAAUAAUGGCAAUAAAACAAAGAUUAGAAAAUAUUCCCUCUGGCAAUUUAGCUGUUUUGGAAACUGCAGGAUUCCUGGUGG